CACGAAGCCCAGGCCACCACACACGCCAGCAAAGCCACUCGACGGCGCCGGCGCCGGCGCUCGACUUCCAUGCCCCAUCCAGCCAUCGCCGGCCCCUGCAAGUCUUCCUCCUCGGACUCCUUUGCGACGAGGGACGCGUCCAUGCCGCCAAUUGCCAUCCACAAAACCAACGACGAACGCUACUCUCCUCGGCAACACCAAUCUGAAUGGUCGCGGUGGCCUCCCCUCCCCGCCUAAAACCCUUCCGCCUCAUCCGUUUCGGUCGGUCUAUCUGGACCGGCCCCGACCCGCCACUGCUCCCCAUGCGCGAGCGCGACCUCAACGCGCAGCUGAGACACCUGGUCCGGUCGGGCCAGCUCGCCGACGCGCGGCGCCUGUUCGACGCAAUGCCUCACCGUGACGAGGUCGCCUACGCCACGCUCCUCGCAGGCCACGCCGCGGCGGCCGACUUCCCAGGCGCGAUGGCACUCUUCGCCCGCCUCCGCGCCUCCGCCCAGCCGAUAGCUGCCGCGGACCCGUUCGUCCUCAGCCUCGCGUUCAAGGCGUGUGCCGCGGCCGCGGCUGCCGAUGCCGAGCUUCUCCCGCACGCCGCUGUGUUGCACGCCUUCGCUGUGCGCUCGUCGGCCGUCUCCUCCGUCUUCGUCUCCACGGCGCUUGCUGACGCGUACGCCAAGUCUGGCCGCCUCGAGCUGGCACUCAAGGUGUUCGACGAAAUGCCGACCAAGAACGUUGUCUCGUGGACCACACUCGUCGCCUCUCUGGCGCGGGCCGGCAGGCGUCACGAUGCGCUCCGCCGCUUCGCCGAGAUGCGUGCCUCCGGCGUGGCCUGCGACUCCCACGCCUACGCGGCCGCGCUCACGGCGUGCUCUGACGCCGGGCUGCUGUCGCGCGGGCGCGAGAUGCACGCGCUCUGCUCCAAGCUUGGCCUCGACGCCACACCCUACGUCGCCAACACGCUCGCUAAGCUGUACUCGCGAUGCGGCGAUGUGGACCGCGCGCUAGCCGCGGUCAGCCGCAUGGGCUCGCGCGACGUGGCUGCGUGGACGACGCUGAUCGCCGCCUACGUCCAGACCGGCAGCUCGGAAGAGGCCAUUGAAGCGUUUGUCAGAAUGCUUCACGACGAUUCAUCAAAUUCUGCGUCACCCAAUGAGUACACUUUCUCUGCAGUUAUUGCCGCGUGCGCAAAUAUUGCAAGUGUAUGUCUUGGAGAGCAGUUGCACGCGCAAGCUGCACACAGAGGGUUUGCUCAUGCUCGCUCUGUGACCAAUUCCCUUGUCAAACUCUACGCGCGUGCUGGUCAUCUUUCAGCGGCUGAUGCUGUGUUCCGGGAGAGUAUUGGCAAGGAUGUUGUCUCUUGGAGCGCUAUUAUAUCAGGCUAUGCACAGGAAGGCCUUGCCGAGGAGGCAUUCGCCUUGUUCGCAGAAAUGCGGCAUCACAGCGGCUGUCCUCGUCCGAAUGAGUUUACUCUUGCCAGUCUCCUGAGCGUGUGUGCAAGUGCUGCGGCAUUGGAUGCUGGACGGCAGCUCCACGCUCUUGCUGUCGCUGCUGGACUUGAACACCAUGCUAUGGUCAGGAGUGUGCUAAUUGACAUGUAUGGAAAGAGUGGUAGCAUGUCAGAUGCUGAUGUUGUAUUUUCCCAUCGUAUCAAAGAUGAUGUAAUUUCAUGGACUGCAAUGAUCGUUGGAUAUGCUGCGCAUGGCCACAGCAAAGAGGCACUUGAACUGUUUGAGGAAAUGUGCCGUGUCGGGCUAAAGCCGGACCACGUUACAUUCAUUGGUGUGCUUACUGCUUGCUGUCAUACUGGGAAAGCUGAGCUUGGAUUGAGAUACCUUAAUGCAAUGAGCAAAAACUAUGGAUUGGAGCCUGCAAAGGAGCACUAUGGUUGCAUGGUUGAUUUGUUGGGCAAAGCCGGUAGAAUACAUGAGGCUGAGGAGUUGAUUGGUAGAAUUGCUGCAGAUGAAAGAGAUGGUGUGGUUUGGACAUCUUUGCUUAGGGCAUGUGCAGCUCGAGGGGAAGAGGAAACCGGAAAGAAAGCUGCAGAGAGGGCAAUGGAGGCAGAGCCAUGGGGUGCAGGAGCACAUGUGGCAAUGGCGAACCUCUAUGCCGGCAAGGGCCAGUGGCGUGAGGCAGCUCAAGAACGGCAUACGAUGAAGCAGAAAGGGGUUGUCAAAGGGGCAGGGUGGUCAUCAGUCGAAGUUGGAGGGGAGGACAGGGGAAUCGGUGUGUUUGUUGCAGGAGACCGGACACAUCCCCAGGACCGUGCCAUCUACAGGAUGCUUGAGUUGAUGUACUGUGGAGCUAGAAUGGUUCGCUAUAUUCCUGAUCAAUUGGAUUUAGGACCUGAAGUGGAGUUGAGAGUUAACAGUUAAUUGAGUAAUUCGAAAAGAGCCAUUGACUCCGUGCGAAGGAAAAAAAAAUCUCAGGGGUCCAUGUUAUGAUUAACAACCAUUGCAAGACAACUUAAAGUUUUCUCAACUCGUAUCUUUUCUUUUUCUGUGCUGUGGUUCUUCUGUAUCCUCAUGCUGUGCCGAUCUGGAUACAGGUCUUGAUGCGAUGGCUGCAGAAAAUACAUAUGAUGCAGGAUUUUUCUGGUUGAGGAUUUAGCAUCCAUAUACAAGAUAUGAUUUGUAUUGAAGAAGCUCAUUCUUUACUCUACCAACCAUUGCAAGCAUGCAGCAUCGCCCAGUGGCUUGGAGCAGACAUGAAUGUGACUAGCUGCCUGAUGCCUUUUUUAAAAAGAAAAGAAAAGAAAAAGGAAAUGCAUACUUAUGCUAUAGGUUAUGAUCUUAUUCAUCCCUUGUUGUGAAAUAGGCAUUCUUCAACAGCAACAUUUCUGUAUUCUGAUGUGUCACUAGUCUCUAGUUCAUACCACUCGUAAUUUGUUUGUAGUCUAGUUCAUUGAUUAUUUAGUCAGGAUUCUUGUGAAGGCUGAUAAUGUAAAUCCGCAUGCUAUAAUGAUAGAGCUAUUACCUUUAUCCUUCGUGCCAACUGAUCAUAGGAUAUUUUUACAAUGUUGACGGUAGGCAUGAUGUAAUGGUUAUCCAGGUCUAUAAUACAGCCUUUUGACUUUUGUCUU